GCGGCGGGAGCGGCGAACCGGCGGAACGGGGCAGAGCGGAGCAGAGCGGCGGCGCCGGAGAGGAGGAGGAGGAGGAACAAAUAAACAAUCAUAAUAAUAAUUCAUAAUAAUCGUAAUCGUAACGAUCAUAAGAAUUUUUUUAUAAAACAAAAAAAAAAAAAAAAGAGAGCGAGGAGGAGGAGGAGGAAAAAAAAAAAGCCAACAGCCCCCCCACACCCCCGAGCCCAAAAGAGGGAGCGAGAGAGAGCAAGAGCGCAGCGGCCGGGCGGAGCGGCGGAGAGGAAGAAUUAAAGCGAGCGAAGGAGGGAGGAGAGACAGAGCAGAGAGAGAGGAGGAAAGAGGAGGAGGAGGAAAAAAAAAAGCCCACAAAAACAAAGCGAUCGCAGUUGAUGUUGCUGCUGCAAGCUGGACUUCCAAAAACUACGGCGAGACCGACCGCUCUCCGCGCCGAGAAGAGUCUCCUCCGCUGUGCGUGUUUUUUUCCGCUGUGUGUGUAAUCUUUAACCUUUUAUUCAUUCUUAUUUUGAUGGCUUUCCUGAAUGGCUGACUGCGAGCUUCCCUGGACCUGGCCCCCAGACACCCGCCUCUCCUCCUUCAACUACUCUGCUGCAGAUCAGCUCUAAGAGAGAGAGAGGGAGAUCUUUGAAGAGAUUUUUUUUUUUUUUCUCCUCUCUCUCUCUCUCUCUCUCCCCCUCUCUCCCCCACCCCCACCACCCCUUUACUUUGCUCUCCUGGAGCCCAGACAAUCGACUCGCACCUCGCCCCCCCGCACACACACCUCCAUCGCCCCGUGCUUCUGCACCUUCGCCGGUACCGGGAGAUCCCCCCCACCCCGACCCUCCUGAAAAAAAAAAAAAAAAAAAAAAAAAAAAAGGCAAAACAACAAAAGAGAGAGAGGGAAAAAGAGAGAGAGAGAGAGAGGGGAGGACAAAAAAAUAAAAAGACUGCUGCAAAGCUGAUCUGAAAAGCAAAGCAAACAAACUUUGAAAAUAAAGGGGGAACAGGAAGUUUGGCAACGGUGUCCAAUAGAUAUGGCAAUGGUAGUCGGUGCGUGGCGAGACCCCCAGGACGAUGUGCCCGGAGCUCAGGGAACGCAGCCUUCGCAAGCCCCGCCGGUGCAGGGACCCCCGGCCGGGGCCCCGCACACCCCACAGACCCCGGGGCCCGGGGGCCCUCCCAGUACGCCAGCCCAGACCAACCCGCCGAGCCAGCAGAACCAAGGAGACAAGCAGCAGCAGCAGCAGCACAUUGAAUGUGUGGUUUGUGGGGACAAGUCUAGUGGCAAACAUUAUGGCCAGUUUACCUGCGAGGGUUGCAAGAGUUUCUUCAAGCGGAGUGUAAGGAGGAAUCUCAGCUACACUUGUCGUGCCAACAGGAACUGUCCCAUUGACCAGCACCACCGCAAUCAGUGUCAGUACUGCCGCCUCAAAAAAUGCCUCAAAGUUGGCAUGAGACGGGAAGCGGUCCAGAGGGGCAGAAUGCCACCCACACAGCCAACUCAUGGUCAGUUCGCCUUGACAAAUGGGGACCCUCUCAACUGCCAUUCCUACCUAUCCGGAUAUAUCUCCCUUCUUCUGAGAGCAGAGCCCUACCCCACCUCCCGCUUUGGCAGUCAGUGCAUGCAACCCAACAACAUCAUGGGCAUCGAGAACAUUUGUGAACUGGCAGCUAGGAUGCUCUUCAGCGCGGUGGAGUGGGCCAGGAAUAUCCCCUUCUUCCCAGACCUCCAGAUCACAGACCAGGUGGCCCUCCUGAGGCUGACCUGGAGCGAGUUAUUUGUCCUCAACGCUGCCCAGUGCUCCAUGCCCCUCCACGUAGCUCCGCUCCUGGCAGCUGCUGGCCUCCACGCUUCGCCAAUGUCUGCUGACCGAGUGGUCGCCUUUAUGGACCACAUACGAAUCUUCCAAGAGCAAGUAGAAAAACUGAAAGCAUUGCAUGUCGACUCUGCAGAAUAUAGCUGUUUAAAGGCCAUAGUCCUCUUCACCUCAGAUGCCUGUGGUCUCUCUGAUGUAGCCCAUGUUGAAAGUUUACAGGAGAAGUCACAGUGUGCUUUGGAAGAGUAUGUUAGGAGCCAGUAUCCCAACCAGCCAACACGAUUCGGGAAGCUAUUACUACGUCUCCCCUCCCUUCGCACUGUCUCCUCUUCUGUCAUAGAGCAAUUGUUUUUCGUCCGUUUGGUAGGUAAAACCCCCAUAGAAACCCUAAUCAGGGAUAUGUUACUGUCUGGCAGCAGUUUUAACUGGCCUUACAUGUCCAUUCAAUAAAACAUCCAAGAGAGAGAGAGAGAGAGAGAGAGAAAAUAAAAGGAAAAAAAACAAAACAAAACAAAACAACAACACCGAGACAAAAAUUAAAAAAAAAAAAAUAAAUAAAAAUUCAAAAUUGAGAAGGGAGAUGCGAGUGAAAGGAAAGCAGAUGACAUUUGGGUUCUGGUUGUUUCUUAAAUUUCCUUCUGCUAAGAAAGGAUGUAAAAGGAUGUUACAAGUUUGCUAAGAGAAGACAGGAAAAAAUUAAUGGACUGUGAAUUAAAAAAAGAGACUGUCAAAUGAACUUUUACAGAAUGCAUUAAAAACUCCCGUGUCGUUCAGAAAAAAACUUGCUACUUAUCAUUUUUUUUGUAAAAAAUAAAAAAGAGGGAAAGAAAAAAAGAAAGAAGAAGAAAAGAAACGAUGGUGGGCUUUUUCUUUUUUUCUUUUUUCUUCUUUUUUUUUCUUUUUUUUUGGGGUAAACUUUUUAAAAAAUCUCGCUUAAAGUGCAUUUAAAGGAAAUUUGGAGAAAAUUAGCAGAACGGAAGAAAGUAAGUCUUUUUUUUCCAAAUUAUUAAUUGUCCUAUGUGUCUAUGUACCUAUAGCUGUUCUUUUUUGUAUUUUUCUGGUUUCAAACCAGUUUAUUCUGUGGUUCUAUAAUAAUUUUUGAUAUAACCUUGGCUUCUUUAAAAAAAAAAAAUAAACUGUGUAUCCUUAAAAUAUAUGUUCUGAAAGAAUUAAAACUGAGUCCACGAAAGUAUCAUAGGAAGAAAGGAAAAGAGAAAAAAAAAAAAACCCUCAACAACACAAUGAUGGAAGCGCACUUAAGGUGGUGACCCAAAAUCUAGCUUGAAGCUGAGAGAGCUAUAAUUAUAUAGACCCGAAUGAACCACACGUGUCAUAUAACUCCCCCCAAAUCUAGGUUUUUUUGAUAUUUCGGACAGAAAAUGAACUGUGGGGAUUUAUUAUAGGUAGAAGGAUUUUGUGUCCAAGACACACUAUGGUUUUGAUUUAAAAGGAAAAAAAAAAAAAACAAACAAGCAAACGAGCAAAGUGAACUUUUGUAAUUUGAAUUGGGUUCCACAUAGUUCAUCAUGAAUUGUUAUUAAACUCCUCUAUCUGUUUGUAUAUUUGCAAGCCCUUUGUAUUAUAAUAAUUGUUGAUAUUUUCCCUUUUUAAAAAAUACCAUUGAAAUCAGCAUGACAAAAUAACACUGUUGGCACUUAUAGAUAACGUGAUUGAUUCAGUAUCUUAGAGUUUACAGUUUUGUGUUUAAAAAAACUGAAGGUUUUUUUUUUUUUUUUAAGUGCAACAUUUCUGUAUACUGUAAAAGUUAUAAUAACUGAACUGUUUGGUCGAGUCUUUGUGUGUUAUAUUCCAAGGAAAAUUGAAAGUAUUCAGAAAUUAAAAUAUUAUUUGAUAUCUGAAA